AUGAGCUCUUCAUCAAGGAAAUCAAUCGGUUUGAAUUCUCAUCGUAAUUCUUCUUUCGAAUACAAGGAAACGUUGGAUGCCACAACGAGACAUUUAGAGGAUGGAUCACGAAUCAUCAAUCAGUACAAGCUAGGAAAGAUGAUCGGGAAAGGAGCUUAUGGAAGUGUUUAUCGGGCUAAUCUAUUAGACGAUCCUGAAUCACUCUUUGCGAUCAAAGAAUUCGGCAAAACAAGACUACGUAAAACCAGAAGAGCAGAAAAUUUCAGAAGACCACCGCCAGGAAGAGGGAGAGGAAGAGGAAGAGCUGGAGCGCCAAUGCGAGGCGGAAGACCAAUCCAGGAAGAAGAAAGUCCACAAGAAGCAGAUGGAGAUCCUCUGAGUCUCAUUAGACGUGAAAUCGCUAUUCUCAAGAAAUUACAUCAUCCUCAUCUUGUGCACUUGUAUGAAGUCCUGGAUGAUCCAAGCAAGGAUGAGUUGUAUAUGGUGUUCGAGUAUUGCGCAGAUGGGGCUGUGAUCGACAUUAAGUUACACGAACAAGUGGAACCGUUAGGGGAAGAUAUUGCAAGAGAUUAUUUUGUUCAAAUUAUGUUGGGCGUUGAAUAUUUGCAUCAUCACGAUAUCGUUCACAGAGAUUUAAAACCGGAUAAUAUUUUAUUGCAAAAUGAUCGAACGACGUGUAAAAUUGUCGAUUUUGGUGUUUCGGAAUUUUUUAUCAAGCCAGGUGAUGAUAUGAUGAAAAAGAGUGCUGGAAGUCCGGCUUUUAUGAGUCCGGAAUUGUGCAAAGCUGGACAUGGAGAUUUUCAUGGCAAAGAUAGCGAUUUAUGGAGUUUAGGCGUGACUUUUUAUUGCAUGGUCGUAGGACAUCUGCCGUUCGAUAAAAGUCAAUUUUUGGAAUUAUACGAAUCUAUUCAAUCAGACUCUCCGAUCUUUCCUUCACAUUUGUCACCAAAUUGCAAAGAUUUAUUGGAAAAGAUGUUGAACAAGGAUCCGUCAAAACGAAUUACAAUCCAACAAAUGCGCGAUCAUCCGUUCAUCACAAAAGAUGGACAAGAAGACGUGAUCAGUAUGGAAGAAAAUAUUCGCGAUCUUGUAGAAGAAGUUACGGCGGAAGAAUUGGAUUCGGCUAUCAAUCGCAUUGCAAGUGUAUUCACAUUGGCAAGAGCGAUUUCAAAAUUCAAACGG